AUGGUGGGAAGACCAAAGAAGUCAGGUGGAAAAAGAUCGAAAUCUUCUUCACCUGUGCCUAAAUCUAACCCAAGAGCUGGAAGAUCUCCUAAGCUUAAACCCGUUAAGGAAACUCCACCAAAAGUUGAGGAAUCUACACGCACAAGGUCUUCAAGAACCUCUAAAAGAUCGCUUUCAAGCAGUAAAUCUUCAGUUUCACCUUCUAAAUCACCUAGCAAAUCACCACCUAAAAGGGCUAAAUCUUCAUCUAAGUCUCCUUCAAGGCCUAAAAAAGGCCAGAAAGUUAAUGAUGAAAGUGUGUUAUCUCAUAACAACGAUAAGAAUUUGGAUGAGACUCUGACUAUCGCACAAUGUGACGAACCUUUGAGUUCUCAAAAUGAAUCUUCUGUACCUCAAGUUCCAGUUCCUCCCAAAGUUAAAGUAUUGAAUUGUCCAUAUUUGGGCACUAUAAAUCGUCACCUUUUGGACUUUGACUUUGAGAAGGUUUGCUCCAUUACCCUCAGUAACGUUCACGUUUACGCUUGUCUCGUCUGCGGGAAGUACUUUCAAGGAAGAGGUAAAAACACCUACUGCUACACCCACGCACUCGAGGAAUGCCAUUAUUUGUUCAUGAACCUCGAGGACUGCAGAGUCUACUGCAUUCCAGAAAAUUACCCAGUGGACGAUGCCUCCCUUGAUGAUAUUAAGCAUUUUUUGAAACCCGUUUACACUAAGAAAGAUGUUCAAACCCUAUCAACUCAAGUUAUUUACGGAAAAGCAUUAGAUGGAACCGACUUCAUUCCAGGUUGUAUCGGAUUAAAUAACCUGAAAAACACUGACUAUUUCAAUGUAAUAAUACAGUUGAUUUGUGUUGUGGAACCGCUGCGUAACUUGUUUCUUGUUUUUGACGUGAACAGGGUCCAGCCACCUGAUCCAGUCAUAAUUACACUUUCUCAGCUCAUCCGUAAAAUCUUUAACGUUAAAAAUUUCAAGGGCAUUGUUUCACCUCACGAAUUCGUUCAGUCUGUGGGAAUUGUAACAAAUGGAUUAUAUAAGAUUGGAGUGCAAUCUGACCCGGUUUCCCUUUUAUCUUGGCUUUUGGCAAGAAUACACCAGAAGUUACAUAACAGAAACACUAAAGAGAGUGUUGUUACCAAGACCUUCGGAGGCGAGCUACUCAUCAAAACACUCAAAAAAACUCGUUGGGAAACUGAACGUCAGCCCUUCAGGAUGUUAAGUUUAACUGUACCUGAAGCUCCAAUUUUUAAGGAUUCUAUGGAUUCUAAUGCUAUUCCACAGGCACAGAUAUUUGAGUUGUUGAGUAAGUACGAUGGAGUGACUGAAACCGUUAACGCAAAUGGAGACGUUUGUACUUAUAAGUUAUCGAAGUUGCCGAAGUACCUCAUCUUGAUCAUCAAGCGCUUCACCAAAAACAACUUCUUCCUGGAAAAAAAUCCCACUAUCGUCUCAUUUCCGAUGAAAAAUCUAGACCUGAAAGAUUAUGUAACUGAGGAAAUUAAGGAUUCAGUAACGAGAUAUGAUUUGUACUGUAACAUAUGUCACGAGGGGAAACCCACUGGAGGUAUUUUUAAGGUCCAUGUAUACCAUGCACCCUCUGGAAACUGGUUCCAAAUGGAAGAUCUACUAGUAACUUCUAUACUUCCACAACAAGUUGCUCUCACAGAAUCAUAUGUUCAAGUAUACAAGAGACAAGAUUUGACAACCGUGCCAGAGGAAGAAGUGGAUAUGUUUUCAUAA